CCAAAUCUGCAUUUUGGACUGUGGGAGGAAACGGGAGAACCCUGAGAAAACCCACUCUUUACUUUGCUGCAUUUAGCUCCAUCCUUGUUUCACAACAGUCGUGAGCACACAGAUACAUACAGCACAUACAUGAGCAGUGGGCAGCACACACUUUACUUGACCUGUCCUGGGAUUUAACCCUCAAGUUCCAAUUCACUUCCACUUGGCCAUAAAAAAAAAAAAAACCUGCUUACUGCUGGUUGGUUUGCCUCCAAUAGAAACCUCACACGUGUGUGCCGUAACUUUUACAUUAGUUCACACAAGUCAUCAAACUUUCACCAGCUCCAUUUCACGAGACGUCUCUGCUUCUCUAGCCUCCCAAUGUCUUUCUUUCUGUGUGCACAUAUCCAGAGUUGUUUUGGUAAAAAAGCUUUGCCACAAAAAGGUGUUUAUAUCGGUGCAUGUGUAUAUGGAAUUUGCAUCCGUGUCUGCGGAUAACUGUAUGUGGAGGAUCGCGCACGCGUGCGUGUGUAUGCAUGACACUUCACUUCCGCCUGUUGCGUGUAGCAAUGUUGUUUUCUGCUUUUUUGUGCCCUUGUAUCUUGUUGUUCUUAUUCUGUGAAGCAGACCUUCUGUCUGUCAGCGCUGCUGUUUUUUUCCUGCUGCAUGGCUCUGUACAUACUGCUGUGCUAUCUGUGCCUCCAGCUGGUGUUUGCUUGGCAUCAUGCUGUUCUCUGUCUUGAACCACACCACGCUUGCGUGUGUGUGUGUGUCCAGACCUUCAUAUGCACCACCUGUAUGCAUUGUUUUGUAUUCACUGGCCGCUGCUUGUUGCCAGGUAAUUGACAUGGAAACGAUAAAAAACAGGCUGGUCCAAAAAUGAUUCAUAGAAACCAACAUUCUUCAAAUAGUGGUCAGAAUUCCACCUUUUUGAUGUUUCAUAGAUGCCUCUGAGGACUGAAAAUAAUUGCUUUAGUUGUAACAAAGCUGAUUUUAAGAGAACUUUUUUUAGAAUUUGUGAGACAAAAGUGACAUUUUGUCUCUUCUUUUCAAGGAUUAAGAUACUGUAUAUAUUGAUGAGAUAUAUCUCAUCAAUCACCUUACAUAUGCAGAUGAUUUGGUAAUCAUUAGUCCUACAGUGUAGUGCUGCCUUACAACAACUUCAUGAUACAACGAUAUCCAAAAUCUAAGAUGAUAUCUCGUCUCAUGUCAUGAUAUAGAUAAUAAUAUCGGUGUAUCACCCAGCCCUGAUCCUGAAGCACUGCUAUCUCACUUUACUAUGGUAGUUGUUAGGCGUCUGCUUUCCCCUUGACAACACAAAUCACUGCUAUAUUGAGUAACACAGAAAGAGUGUGGAGCUGAUUGGUUUAAUCAGCGCUGUGUGUGAACUUGUUUGUUUAUAAUGAAAAACAUACACACUACAGCUUUAAACCGGGCUCGUAGAUAUUUCUGUGAUGUUUGUGGCACAGUAAGGCAAAGCUUUUAACUUUAGAUCAAUAAAAUCUUCUUUUUUAAUAGCCCUAUGCAUUAUUGCAACAUAUAAAUUGACAAACAUCUGUCCUCCUAGUAAAUAAUUUCAAAAUUUAUAGGUGCAUUUAUUGUUUUACCAUCGUGGAUCUAUAAACUUUUUUGUCCCAUCAUCAAUAGCGGCUUCAUUGUUCGGGGUAUGACUGUAUUAUUGUCUUGCACUGAAUGCAAGUAGGUUUUAAAUGAGUUUUAAGUGAGCAGGUUGGUUACAGAACAUUUAUUCUUUGAAAUGAAAACCUCGCACAGCACUGUGUCUUUGCCAUAGUGUCCCGUGUCUCGUCCUGUCUUGCUCGUCCCGCUUUGCUUCGCCUUGCUUCGCCUUGCUUCGCCUUGCUUCUGGCUGUUUGCUCGUCCAGGGCUCUGCUUUGUGCUGCUGGUGGCUGUGUGCUGGUGGCUCAGUGUGCUGUCUCCUGUGUGGGGGACUCAGGGAUGAAGAUCAGUACCUCCUGCGUCACUCCAGCCCAGCCUUGGACCAGGACUCACCCUGUGGACAACACAUGCUGCUGGCUCACCUGGAGCACCAGGACAAGGAGCAGCUCCAGUGCACCCUGGCCCGCCUGGAGAACGAGAACAGGGUGCUACAGAGCGAGUACAGGCGGCUCAAGUGGAAACACGAAGAGGCGGCGUCAGUUCCCAUGCUGACCGAGGCUGGAGAGGGAGGCCCGGGCUCGCCCACAUCGGAAGGACAGCAGGACGAGGAGCUCCUGGCUGAGGCGCGGGUCCUCCGGCAACACAAGUCACGCCUGGAGACUCGCAUGCAGAUCCUGGAGGACCACAACAAGCAGCUGGAGUCCCAGCUGCGCAGGCUCAGGGAGCUACUGCUACAGCCCAAAGAUGAUUCAGAGGCCAAUGGAUCAGAACCGUCGACCCUGUCGUCUCCUGUGUCUGGAGGGGGUCAUCACGGGGAGCCAGCCAGCAGAGAGACCACCGACACUGAAGCAGCAGGAGAUGACCUGGAGCACGAGCAGGACACGGUGCUGCAGCUUCAGGAGGUCAUUGAGCAGCUGAGAAACGUCUUCCCUUCGGAACCGGGCACCACCUCACACAUAUAACCCGAGUGUUCCUCGAGGAGCGACGUAACAGCCUGAACGGACACCUGAUGCCACAGGAGAAGCCACAUUCCGCUGCGGUCUGGCCACAGUGACCCACCCAGAGCUAACCCUCCACUGGAACUUAGUGCACUAAAAGCCUUUUUCAUGUAAACUGCAAGAGGCCGCCGCUGAUGUCUGUUUGACCAGGCUGCGCUUGAUAACUUGUGCAGUGUAGCCGUGACGCCGUGUGUUAACCAGCCAAAGGAGACUAAUGUAAGCAGCAGAUAACGGGAGUGGAGGCGGGCGCUCGAGAUAAACGCUCAGCCAAGACACUGUGCUUACCAGCAUCUGUGUGAAGCACAAACCGGUCCUUCCGUGAAAAGAACUUUAAAGAAUAAGAAGGAUAUCCCCUUGUUUUGUCUGAAUGCCUAUAUCUUCAGUGUGGUUUUUAAUCAUGGUUAUUUUGAUUAGAUUUUUUUGGAGGGAGGUGGUGUGUCUGUGCUGGGCUGACUGUACUUCAUGUGGCUGUAUGGUGUAGUAUUGUCAUGGAGUUGACAUCAUUUCAUCAGUUAAAUCUCUGAUUUAUUUAAAACAGCCCAAGUGCCCUCUAGCACAGCGCCUCUGCGUGCGCACACUGUGUUCUUCUAAUCCUCUCACGCUGCUCGUCGAUCUCACGCACACAGAUGUAUGCUGCUACGUCCGCGCUCCCUGUUCCGACGACACCUUUCCCUCGUUGUGCACACAAAUGUCUCCAUGCGUGAUCGAUACAUGUGCUGUGCUCCAUGACUAAAACCCUACACUUUCAUUAAAAAAAAAAAUUUAAAAAUGGAGCGCCAUUUGAUGUCCUCAGCUUGUCUGAAUCGGAUGUGCUCUCAGUUUUAAGUCAAUUUGCUUUGCAACUGGGACCGGAGUUUUGUGUUUUUUUGAGGAAGUGUCUGCCGAUAAACAUCAGCAUGCAGCCGUUUGCUUUGGGAUCUUAGCGUUCGCCUGCUGUGUGCAGAGAAUGCAAAGGCAGGAGCUCCAGGCAAUGUGCCGCCAGGCUGAAGCUUCCUCCCGCUCGCUCUCGUCAAGGCCAAUUCCGGGCACUAUAGGGGGGCUACCAUGGCACACCACCAUAGCACAAUCGCACACUGACUUCAUCUGGAAUAAUCCCCCUGCUCAUGUAGAUUUGAAAAGAGCAGUAGCUAUUGACUAUACAAGCGUCAUUUUCCCUCGCUAAUGCGAACUUAAUUGCUUUGAGAGUCACAGAAAGGCGAGUGCUUGAAAUGGCUCUGCCCCCAUCACGCCAGGGUCAUAGUGUGUGUUCUGUUCCAAACAUAGCACAGUCAUUUAAUGCCUUAAAUCCAAAGUGAAUUCAUAUGAAGUCACUCUUUCUGGAUAUUUUUUCUUUCACAUUCAGGGAGCGUGUUUGUGUGUCACUGUCACUCCCUUCCUGGUCGGGGCUAGUGGUUCAUUUCGAGUAACACAGGAAACAGUGUGUAUCAAAACCACAGAGAGCGUUCAUGUGUUGAAGCCAGUUAAAUCAGACUUUUAUGAAUAAACCCAUGAUGCGAAGGAUGCUUGGAGGGAGUAAAGAUCAGAGAGACAAGAGGAGAGGCGGAGGGGAAAAAACAAACAAGCUAUUGCUAAAGGGCUGGUGAGAGAGAAACCACAGACAAGUCUCCAGGAGCGGGACAAGAAGUCGCCUGAAACCAGUGAGUUCUGGUCAUGAAAGCGUGAUAUUUAUGCCUCGUUUGCACAGAAAAAACACAGCCGAUGAGUUGUAAACAGCUGGGAAUCAUCUUCCAUCACUUCAUCCUUCUCUGAAGCCUGAAAACCUUCCACAUGACUGUGAGUACUAGGGCCAAACGGAAGAAGCAAUUAUUAUUCAAGCAAAAUCUCAGACGAUCGGCUGCAACCUGCGUCAGGAUGAGGAGCGCGGAGCAUUUUGCGAAGUUAGAUUUUAGUUUUUGGGCUUCCCAAAUAAGGAAAUACACCACAUUAUCAUUGGCAUCUGUAAUUUGAAAAGGAUUGUGCACGAAACGGAGUCUGUUUCGAAGAAAGAAUCACUCUUGUGGAGGAUUGCUAAUUAAAUAUUUGGAUCCAGAAGGAAUGGAACUACAGCGAGCACGGCAUUGUGUUGCUGUUUAACAAUAAUAAUAUUAAUAAUGCAUUUUAUUAAACGAU